AUGGUCUCUGCUACCUUCCUCGGCUUUGUCGCUUCCGCAGCAGCUGCUGCUCUGUCUGUCCGUUCCGAACCGCCCCAGCCUCUUGGUGAACUUGGCUGGGAAGGUGCCGUUACUCCUAACAGACCAGUUCUGGAGGUGUGGGGUACCAGUUUUGAGGAUAUCGAAUCCAAGAUUCGAAAGGACUACCCUAACUUCUCAAUCUAUACCGAGGAGGAGCAGGUUGACCCAGAGACCUCCGCGAAUCCUGCAGUCGCCACUCGCGGUGAACUUGAGCGGCGUUGGGUUAGUAGACUCUUUAAUAAGAGGGAGAAGUAUUAUCCCUUCUGUCCUGUUCUUCUUGGUCAUAGUACUACAAACCGUGCUUACAUGAAUCUUUUAGGGACGUCGCAUUUGCGACACGCGAUUCGGACAGGUUAUUCCCUACUAUGUCGACAUUGCUGUUGGCAACUUAAGAAGAAUUAA